AAAAAUGUCAAAGUUUAUUCCUGCUCACUAUGCAGUUGUAUUUGAGGAGGUGAUGAAAGCACCAGAGGCACGUGAAAACUUUAUAGAAUUUCUCAGAUUUCAACACAAUGAUGAACCAUUGCUCUUUCUCAAUUCUCUCGAUCAUUACAAGUUGGAUUAUCACAAGACUAAAGAUAAUCUGUUGGUAGUUUCUAAUGGUGGUGUUGAGAGGAAGGAGAAUGAAUGUGUAAAGAAGGUGCUCCAUCUAGUGAGUGUUGCCAAGCAAAUAAUUAGUACAUAUUUUGGCAAUGGACCGAAGGGAUUGAAUUUGAGUCAGGUUGUAAUUGAUUCUACAUUGAACAUGUGGGAGAAUGUAACAAAUUGUUUGGAGAAGGUUAAUGAUUCGAAUAAUAAUCAUUAUGAAUAUUAUGUCAUGUUGAUGAUUGAUUAUUUGGAACCACAUGCAUUGUUUGGAAAGGUUGAAUAUCAAGUAAUGUUGGAUUUGAGUUAUGACCAAUUUCCGAGAUAUGUAAGAUCUGCUACAUUACACAAGUUUUUAUCAAAGAAGGGUAAAGAUUACACAAGAACUAUUGCCAUUAAUGUUUCUAAUGGUUACAAUGUUGAUAUUCGAUUCAAACCAAAAGAUUUUCAAUCUCAACUCAUGACAGAGAAGGACAUUUUCUUUGCCUAUACGUUGAGUGAAGACACACCUGAUUGGAAAGAACUUUCCUAUCAUGAAAAGCCAAAUCCACUGCAAACAUUCGUCUCAAAAACAUCCUAUUCGAUAGGUCAGGAUAGAAUGAAGGGAAUGAAACUGUUCAAGAUUGUAAUGCAUCUGCCAUAUUCAGUUAAAGAUGUUUGGACAACAUAUUGUGAUAUGAAUACUCGUUUCAAAUUGGAUAACACCUUAAUGGAUGAUUUUAAAUUAUUGAAAUACAUUUCACCAUGUAAUAAGACUUCCAAUGAUUUGCUCAAAUCACAUCAUUUAGCAUACGACCAUAGAGAUAACAUUUACACCACUGAACAUCCACCACUGGCUCUUCAAAUUGGUGAAUUGGGAAUUUUAAUGAACUUGAGUUUAUUCAAGAAUAGAGAUUUACCUCACACCAUGACUUCAAUUUAUGAUGAAAGUGUCAAUUGUUAUAUGAAUAUUGGCCACACUUGCAAAAUUGAAGAAGAUUUGAGAAAGAAUAAGGAACAUAGAGUUGAUGCUGAAAUUCUCUUCAAUUACAUGUUCUUUGGAACUGGUGAGAAAUCAACACGUUUCAUCCAUACAGUUUAUACUGAUUUACACAUUCCAUUCGAUUCAGAUAUGGUACUUGGUAAAAUUUGGAAGAAGAGAUCCAAACAAUUACAACAGAGUUUUGAAGAAUUGUUACAUUUAAACACUAGAGGUGGAACUGUUAAUAUGGAUCCAGCACAAAUUAAUGACCAUUUCCAAUACUUUAGGGCAGUUGAGGAAAAUGCCAAAUUGAAUCGCAUGUGGUACAAGGAAUAUGAAAAUAAGAAGAGAAGAUCACUCGGUACUCUCUCCAAUGUUUCACAAUAAUGAAUCUUACAUUUGAAACUAUCGAGAUAUCAACGAAGGAACAUUCCAUGUUUUGAAACAAACCUUGGAUUGAAACUUCAUGAAUAGUAGAAAUGGUCGCAUCCAAGGUUUAAACUGUACCCAUUGUAUAAUUUAUGGUUAUUGAUAGAUGAAUGAUGAUGCCACAGAAACAAACUUUACACUUAGAAUCAAUCGUAAGAACAGAUGAGCGAGCAAACCUUCAAAUAUAGAUUUAUAAAUGCAAUCUAUCGGUCUU